CUUUCAAGCUGCGGUGCAAGAGCUUUACUACGUCGAAUUAUGCAAGAUCUACCACAAGCACAACCCUGCAAAGGCAUCUAACCUCAAAACGGUGAUGGACAAAAACCGGGGCAAAGAACAGCUUCUUUUUGAAGGGGUCUGCGACAAAUACAGCAUCAAAAACACAGGAGAAUUUUCCAAAAUCAACUUGCCUCUACAGAAGAAACUUGUAAUUCUCAAGGUAAAGUGGAGCAUCUACGAAAUUUUUCGAAAGUGCAACACGAGCAAGAUUGCAGAACUUGAUACGGUAGAAAUUAGCCAGAACUAAUACUCGUGGAUUAUGAUACUUGUUAUUAGACUUCCUCCCUCAACUAUCAGGAUAACUAUCGUUGAAGAUGCUCACGCGGAACGACAUAAAAAGAUUUGAUGGCUUUUCCUUAUCCAAAACACCCAGGUCAUGAUGAAGUAUCAGAACAAGGAGCUGUCCUUGUACGAGGCUGUGUGCAGGAAGUACAACGUGAGUCCUGAUACCGGAUUAGUGAGUGCGCUGGAGGCACUAAAGAGCACCGAUGUUUCGCAGCUGGCUGCUCCGGGAACAGAGGAUAAUC